AGCUUGGUAUAUUAUUUUAUAUUCUUACUCUGUGAUAUAUAAUAUUAAUUAGUUUAAUUUAAAUAUUUUUAAAUUUUAACACAAUAUUUAAUAAGUUUAAAAACCAUGACUACGUAAAAUGUAAAUACAAUAUUAUUUUCAAGUCAUAAUUUUUCAUUAAAUUUCAACCGUUUUAACUUCUUAUUAUUUUAUUUCAUUAUUUUAUUUAAUAAAAAUGAGUUGCCUCCUUAGUAAAUUGUGCAGUAUUAAGUCAGCUGUUCAGCUGCGGAAAUUAUCAGUGCCUGCUCAUACUCUCCUUGCAAGGAGAACAUUCAAUCGGCCAAAUCAUAAUUUAAAGAGAUUUCAAAGUCAAUCAAAUUCUCUUUUAGGACCAUCUUUAUUUUGUAUAUCUGUUUGCACUGGUACUGUUGUGUUAGCAUCUAUUAUUCAAUAUGAACGACUUCAUGUUAGUGUUAAGCAAAUCAGUGCCUUUGAAUUUUACAGAAAUGCCAUUAAAGGAAAUGAUGAGAGUCUUAUUUCCAAGUUAAAAAAUAAUAUCAAUAAACUAAAACUAUCAGAGAAAGUAUUUGGUACCAUAUUUUUAUUAAAUGCCAUUGUUUUACUUGCAUGGCAAGUACCUCAAUGGCAACAUAUCAUGAUCAAAUAUUUUAUGACUGAUGCACUUGCUAGAAAAAUUCCUGUGUCGUCACUGCUUCUAAGUGCAUUCAGCCACAGUUCUCCAGUACAUUUCUUUUUUAAUAUGUAUGCUCUUUAUACAUUUUGUCAAGGUGUGAUCCAGCCAUGGGGUGAUAUGGGACCUGAAGAAUUUACUGCAAUGUAUAUAAGUGGUUGUGUUGUUUCAUCAUUGGCUAGUAUUAUGUUUAGACGAAGCUUUAAAGUUCCAGGAAAUAGUUUAGGUGCUUCUGGUGCUAUAUUAUCGGUUGUUGGAUACUUUUCAUUAUCUCAUCCUGAUCAAAAAUUGAGUAUAAUAUUUUUACCAAAUAUUCAAUUUGAUGCAAUUCAUGCAUUAACUGGUAUAAUAUCGUUAGACAUAAUGGGAUUAAUUUUGAGGUGGCAAAUGUUCGACCAUGCAGCUCAUUUAGGAGGAACAUUAUUUGGAAUAUUUUGGUACAAAUAUAUGUCAACCUAUGUAUGGGCUAAUCGAAGAUAUAUUGUCAAAAACUGGAUAACUUUAAAAAAAAUUAUUCAACAAGUCAAAGAUAAAUGAAAUAGUAAUAAUGUUGUUAAUAAUAUUGUUUCACUAAUACAAUAUUGAUUAUCAUAAAUUUUGUAAUUAAAAAUGUUGUUAAAUAAAUUGAUGAGAUUUUAAAUUUUGAA